AUGUUUCAUACAUUUGAGGGGUUUGAGAACCCGACAACCACAACCCCUGCCAAAACACGGCCUGUCAAUGAGCGACGUGAGUCUGUCAGCCGUCGAGUGACGACCUUGCGCGCAUGUACAUCUUGUCGACAUCGCAAGAUUAAAUGUGAUGGUGAAAAGCCGUGCGAAGCAUGCAGAUGGUAUAAAAAGGCAGAUCAAUGUCAUUACUCUGAUCCCAGGCCAUCUAGAAGACAUGUAGAAAAGCUUUCAACAACUUUGGAUGAAUAUCGCGGCAUCCUUGGAAGACUGUUUCCUAACGUACCACCUGAGUCCCUGGUCAACCUUUCACGAGAAAAAUUACUUGAGCUCAUAUCAGCGCCACCGUCGGCUAUACAGGCACAUACCAAUGCACAUGCCGCUUCACCAUCUACCUCGGGCUCUAUGGAAGCCCAUGUAUCCCCGCUAUCCAAUGAAGAUGACAAUCUUGAAUCACUCCAAACCAUGCCAGUCGAGCUUGACGAUAUUCGCCAUGUUCAUGGCAUAGAUCUAGUAGAGGGUGUCUCUGACGAUGUCAACGCCCUCUCCUUAUCUUCUCGGCAGCCUUCAUCAUAUCUGGGAGUUUCAUCUAUCCAGGCUGUCCUCAAGGUCAUCUUAUGGCUUGAUCCAGGCUGCGCCUCUUAUUUUGCCCGUACUCCACCAAUCAACUUACGCGAAGAGAUAUCUCUUGACUACGAUGCACAGAAUGCUUGGCCUCCUCAGCGACCUGUGACUCCACCUCAACCUUCCAUCCCACCAACUGAAAUGCAGAUGCUGGAUGCCUACUUCACCUACUUCCAAGCGUUCGCUCCCAUGGUCGAUGAGAAGAUCUUCCGGGAGACGUAUAUGACUGGUCAUCGCAAGGAUGAGCACUGGCUUGCUUUGUUAAAUAUUGUUCUCGCCCUUGGUAGUAUAGCUGCCACAGGUCCCGAUGACAACACACACCAAACAUACUUCUUGCGUUGCAAGAGCCACUUGAGUUUGAGUUCUCUUGGUUCUUCUCAUUUAGAAACCCUUCAGGCCUUAGGCCUCAUCGGUGGGUGGUAUUGCCACUAUAUCAGCCAACCGAACCUGGCAUACUCUCUUCUCGGUGCCGCCUUGCGCAUGGCAGCCACGCUGGGCCUACACAAGGAGUUUUCAGAUACUCGCCAGGUAGCCAAUCCAGCGAAUUUAGCAUCAAUGGAUCUCAAACGCCGAGUCUGGUGGUCGCUCUUUGUCAUGGAUACAUGGGCGGGUAUGACACUUGGCAGACCUAGCAUGGGUCGUUUUGGACAGUAUAUCACUGUCAAGUCACCGAAUUACCGAGACAAGGAAAAUUUCCUCGACAUCCUUCCACUGGUUGAAAACAUUCGUUUUGCAAAAAUUGCAACACAGGUCCAGGAGUCGCUGGCGGCUGCUCCUCUUGUCAAGCACCAAGAGAUGUCGCAUGCAGAUGCACAGCUCCUAGAUUGGUGGGAAAACCUUCCACCGAUUCUCAAGGAUCAUGAGCCAUGCUCUGAGUCUAUCAGCACUGUUCGCACUGUCAUGCGAUGGCGAUACCACAAUCAACGGAUGCUGAUAUACCGUCCCACACUGCUGAGCUACGCUAUGCGUCGUGUCCCUUACAUUGCACUUCGUGUUGAGGAGCGAACAGCGAUUGAGAAGUGUCGCGAGGUUGCUGAGCUUUCCAUUCAAAACAUCGCUGCCACAGCCCAGCUCAAUCAGCUCUGUGGCUGGAAUGCGGUGUGGUGGACAUUCCAGGCAUCCCUAGUACCCCUUGUUGGGUUAUUCCUCAAUGACCCCACAGCUGAUGAUCCGCGGGCCUCGAUCGAGUCAUGUCAAGCUCAAGUUGAGAUCGCCAUGGCAACCUUAGCCAGGAUGUCAUCUAUUGGCCAUACAGCGCAGCGCUCACUGGAGACCAUGUCUCGAAUCUACGAGGCAAGCAAGCGAGGUGAAGAUAUGAUUACAUCGACAACCGCAGGGCCUGCUUUAUCGAAUCUAUAUUCCGCUGGCCGGGAUCUUAGCUCGCUAUUUUCGCCUCCGGAGCCUGGUCGCAUGGGGAUGUCGAUGGGAGAGAAUGGCAUCCCUACAUCUGUCUCAGCUCCUUUGAUGGAUGACUCGGGACAAUUUCUCUGGGAGUAUUUGAGUUGGAGCGAUAACAACCUUUGGCCUGGUAUGGAUCUUGAUCAUCGUAAUGAUGCGAUGGCCGUUUUGACGCCCGACCAUGAAAAGGGCCCCAAGUUUGGGACCGACCCAUAUUUUGAGUCUUUCCCUGAUUCUUAUUUUGCCAAUCAGCCUUUAUACUAUUGA